AUGUGGUUCGUAGUUUUGGCUUUCGGUGCUAUUCUGGGCCUCGCGGCUAUCUGGUCCAUAAAGCAGAAGAGAAGUUUUCCGCAAAACAUACCUGUCGUUGAACCAUGGUAUCCGUUGAUUGGAAAUGGAUUGCUUUUUCUCGGGAAGAACGACAAGGAAAAAUUUUGGAAUUUGAUAAAAAUAGUUGCUGGGAAAGACGGACUGUUUCGGCUAUAUUUGGGUUCGAAAGUAUUUUUUGGCACGGGUGAUCCAGACAUGGCCCAGAAAAUCAUGACGAAUCCCAACUGCAUCGAUAAACCGUACAUGUACGAUUAUUUCCAUCUUGAGAAAGGAGUGCUUUUUGCUAAAACACACAUUUGGAAAGGUCAAAGGAAAGCGCUGAACCCUGCCUUCAACAUGAAAAUACUGGAGGGUUUCGUGCCGAUCUUCUGUGACGCAACCAAGAAUAUGCUGCAGCGACUGGACACCAUUCCAGCAGAAGAAACGAUCAACAUUACGGACUUUCUUCUGAGGUGCACGUUGGAAAUGGUAUGUGCAUCAACGUUCGAUUUCAACGUAAGCGAUUCCCCCAUGAUCGAUGAUGCCUUACAUCACAUGAAAAGGUGUAUGUACUAUGCAGCCAAAAGAAUGCUAAAAUUCCAAUACCACCUAGAUUUCAUCUACCGUUGGACUAAAGACUACCUGGAACAAACAAGAGCGCGUAAAUGUUUGAAUGCAUAUGGAAUGCAGAUCUACAAUAAUGCAAACGAGAGGUACACUAAAGGAUUACUAACGAUCGAUCAAACCGAGCACGAUACUAACGAAGGUUUCCGAAAACCACAACUUUUUGUGAAUCAAAUAUUCACCAACACCUUGCGAAAGUUUGACCAAGAGGAAAUUAUCGAUAACAUAUUCACGAUAGUCGGCGCUGGGACGGAUACCUCGGCCACUGAGGUAUCCUACACAUUGCUGCAGUUGGCUAUGUAUCCGGGCUAUCAGCAAAAAGUGUACGAGGAAAUCAUGGAAAUAUACCCGGAAGCAGAACCACAUAUUACCCCGGAAUCUCUUAAACGACUCCAGUACACGGAAAUGGUGAUGAACGAGUGUUUGCGAUUGUAUCCUGUAGCGCCGCACCUAUUGCGCGUAAACACUGAAGAUAUCACGCUUUGCGGAGCACGGAUUCCCAAAGGGUCCAUGUUUGGAAUAAGUAUCUACACCAUUCAACGACGAAAGAACAUAUGGGGACCAGAUGCCGACCGUUUCGACCCGGAGAGGUUUUCCCCAGAACGAUCUGCUGGAAGGCAUCCAUUUGCAUUUUUGGCGUUUAGUGGAGGAUCCCGAAAUUGCGUGGGUGCUCGUUAUGCGAUGAUCAGUAUGAAGAUAAUGUUGGUAUAUCUGCUGAAGAGAUACCGCUUCAAAACCAAGAUACGAGAGGAAGAUAUGCGAUUCCGUUUCGAAGCUAUCUUACGCUUAGAUGGAGGUCAUCUGGUUCAGAUUGAAAAACGCCAAUAACACAUGAUUACUAUUUGGAAAUGGUCUUGUUAAAAUAAUGCAUCGAAAACGGAAAAAGGGCAUCAGCAUUUUAAACUUUAAUUAUAUAAUGCGUGCAUAGCAGUCUUGUCGUUGAAUCCAAAGAAAACUAGGGGUGGGUAGUGUUUAAGACAUAACCGCAAACUUGAUGUAGGAUACAAAGUACAAGGGUACGGCUCUAUGGAAUUGUUCGAAAUGGUUACAAAGUCUCAAGCUUUCUUGCGUCUAUUGCGUUGAUAUUGUAGCAUACUUUCAGUGUAUACAAUACGAUAAGUCUGAUAAAAAAAAGCUGAUCGAAAUAAAGCGAACAUGUGUAAAGUGUAAUUGCUGUUAAUGGUUAACCAAACCGAAGCGUAAAAGUAAAAUCAUUUAUUUCAACAUCUACAUAAUACAGGAGAUACUCAAAAU